UUAGUACAUAACCUCAUUAUCGAUUUUCGCGAUAUGAUGCCACAUCAUUUUAUAAUGUAGAUUUAAAAAAGUUGAUAAAAUAUGAAAUAAUUCGUACGUGAAGCCACAGUUAAGAAAGCCGUCCAUAAUUAUUACUAAAAAAUAUCGAAAAUGUACCUUAGGAUAACAGCUGAAACUUUGUUAAUAGUGUUCGGAACGUUAUUAUCAAUUUUAUUGCGAGCUUGUACAAAUUUACACUCGUAUUCCGGAGAAGCCUCACCACCAAUGUAUGGAGAUUACGAAGCGCAACGACAUUGGAUGGAAAUCACAACAAAUUUACCAAUAAAUCAAUGGUACCACAAUACUAGUGAUAACGAUUUGAAUUAUUGGGGAUUGGAUUAUCCACCCCUAACCGCAUAUCAUAUGUACAUAUGUGGAAAAAUAGCUCAGUAUCUAAACGAUAAUUACACAAAAUUACACGACUCCCGAGGUUAUGAAAGUGAAUCUCAUAAAUUAUUUAUGAGAUAUACAGUGAUGGUUUGUGAUAUAUUUUUGUAUAUACCAGCGUUGAUAAUAUAUUACCAAACGUGUAUUGGAGUAAAAGAGAUCCACGAAUCCGGAGCGAAGAAAAAGAAAUGGAAGAAUCAGAACAAUAUUAAAAUGAGUAGUUCAUUUUGUACUAUCUUAGGUUUGUUAUAUCCCGGAAUUAUAAUCGUAGAUCACGGACAUUUUCAAUAUAAUUGCGUGUCUUUAGGUUUCGCGAUAUUAUCUAUAACGUUUUUAUUGAAAAAGUACGAUGUUUUAGCUUCGAUUUUAUUUUGUUUCGCUUUGAAUUACAAACAAAUGGAACUUUAUCAUUCGUUACCGUUCUUUUUGUAUUUAUUAAGUUCCUGUGUGCCUAAACCCGGUCAGAAAUCAGUUUGGGGUUUUUUGAGGUUAUUUAAAAUAAGCGCGGUUGUUAUAAUUACUUUCUGUGUGAUUUGGUUACCGUUUUUAUAUGAUUUUGAUGAUUUUAUUCAAGUUGUGCAUAGACAGUUUCCUUUCGCUAGGGGAGUUUUCGAAGACAAAGUUUCUAACGUUUGGUGUGCCUUAAACGUCGUUUUUAAAUUUAAAAAAACCUUCGAUGAUUAUCAGAUGAUGAGGAUCUGUCUUUUUACGACGUUUUACGCUCUAUUACCGAGCUCAGUGGAUUUGUUUUUGAGACCGAAUUUGAAAAAGUUUAUCUUGAGUCAAAUUAAUUCGUCGUUGGCGUUUUUUUUGUUUAGUUUUCAAGUACAUGAAAAAAGUAUAUUAUUGGUUGCUGUACCUGUUUUAUUGUACUUUCCUUAUGAUCCAUUCACAUGUUUUUGGUUUCUUUGUUUGUCUGUUUUUAGUAUGACGCCUUUACUGUUGAAAGACGGUUUAACUGUUGCCUUUAUGGCUUUAAUGUUGUUCUAUGGCGUUACGUUUCGAGUUUCUAUUGAACAUUGUUAUAGAAAUUAUUUAAAUAAUCAAGACGGUUUGAAAGAAUAUUAUCGAAGCCUCCUUCAUUCGUUGUUGAAUAUAGAAUAUAAAAAAGCGACGCAAAUUGGAAUAAUAAAAGCGUCGUUACAACAAAUUAGAAAAAAUUCAGAUGCUUUAAAAAUACUAAUUUUCCAUUGUGUUAUGGUGUUUUCUUUAAUCGGCUGUUUGAUAUUAUUUAUUAUAAGUUUGUUAUUAGAACCUCCAACUAAAUAUCCAGAUUUAUUUCCUCUUGCCAUUUCCGUUUAUUCUUGUAUACAUUUCCUCGGAUUUUUUUUGUAUUUUAACAUCAAACAACUGAAAAUACCGCAACAAUUUGAAGAUAUUCGAGUUAAAGAAUCCUGAAAAAUUCCUUUAACUAACAAAUUGUUUGAUUUGUUUGUUAAAAAUCAUGUAGAAAUGUUUUUUUUUGUUAAUUUUGUUGAUUUUUUGAGAUAAAUACAUUUUCAACUUAUCAUACUUUCGAUUUUUCAAUAUCUUUUUAUAUACCUGGUGAAUUUAAUGCUGAAAAACAUCUUAAUGUGAAGUAAAACUAAAUAUUUUAAUCAAAAGAAUUUUAUUUAAAGAACCGGUAAACUUUUACAACGUAGCAACGUUGUAAAACAUCUGUCAAAUACCAACAAAGAUAUCAAAUUGUUUACCUGCUUACAGAAAUUUUGCGUCAUUGCCAGAUUUAUGUGUAUAAAAUUGGAAAAGAUUCUAUGACUAUAACCACAUUAGUUUUAUGUUAAAUAAAUUAAAUUCAUAUUUUUAAUUAUUUUGUCUUUAAAAGUUCACAAUAUAAGUUUAUUAAAAUUGAUUACAAAUCUUAGAUAGAAAAUCAUCUGUGAAUAUGGCAACGAAUUUACGAAUCGACAGCUUUGACGUGAGUCAAAUUCUGAAUCAGUUUAGGACCGAUCGCGUGUGCGAUGAGUACAAUGCGGCAACGUUGUAAAACAUUUAUAUGUUUGUAAAGCAGAUAUAUAAACUGAUUGUUUACUCCCACCAAAAAUUCAUUCUAAUUGUACAUCGUUAUCGGAUUUAUCUGUAUGAAAAUAAAAAGUAUGUUCUAUAAAAACACCGUAAUAUUAUUCAAAUAAAAAACAUUUUUAAUUAAAUUGUCCUUUAAUUAAAGUUUACAAUAUAAGUUCGACGUUAAAAAUUUCAAUAUAAAUCUAAAUAUUAAUGCAUUACAAUAGUAAAUAUGGCAACAUUUACGAAUCAACAACAGAUAUCUAAUUUAUUACGAACGUAGAAAUCGCGGCGUUGCCAAUUCAAAUUGUUUUAAUUUGAAGUAGUUGAGUAGGUGUUUAUUUAAAACUAAUAUUUAUUCAUCUAGAACAAAA